AUGAGUUCUGGCAAGGAAAACAAUGGGUGCGGCAAAGACAAGAGAAGUAACCAGAUGAUCAUCCAUGGCGCUAUUAACAAUGGGAAGGGUAUCACCAAGAUAAACGGAGAAGAGGAUGGCAGAUCAGGUGGCCACCAGGGUGACAGAGAAUUGCUCGCAGUCAAAGAGCGUAAGAGGCGGAGGCAGAUAAGUGAAAUGUUCACCGAGUUGCACGGCCUCCUCCCCAUCCUCCAUGAAAAGGUUGACAAACCGACCAUAGUGAUGGAAGCAAUACACUACAUCAAAAGUUUGGAGGGGGUGCUGAGUAAGCUGGAGAAGCGCAAGAUGGAGGAGCAUGUGCAAGGAAAGAUCCUGACCACAGCAAACAGUGGGAUCUCCUCUUCAAGGGCUGCGGCCAAGCCUAUUGUCUUGAAAACACAACUGACUAGCCCCCCGACUGGCGGGACGUGGCCGACUCGGGAAGCGACAUGGCCAACCAAUGAUGUGGGUGCAAUGACCGCCGAGAUAGCACCGGUGCGGCUCCAGACGUGGUCGAGGCCGAACAUCGUUCUAAGCCUAUUUGGCAACCACGUGAAUAUCAACGUGUGUGUGGAACAGCGCCCGGGCAUGUUGACCGGGGUGAUGGUUGUGCUUGAUAAGCACAACAUCGACGUGAUCACAUCGACGAUUGUGUCAGACAACACCCGGACUAUCUUCACCAUACAAGCACAGAUAAAUGGAGUGAGCAACCUGUUAGGAGAUAAUGUGGCGGCUGAGAAGAUAUACAAGUCGGUAGUGUCAGAGAUAAUGGUUUGGCUCCCCAAAUAA